CCCUCCCUCCCUCUCGUCCGGAAGCCCUUUGCUUCCUGCAUUCCUCGGCCGGUCUGUUGCUCUCCUUCCUGGGCCAUGGCCGCCAGCAUGAACCCGGACCUGCGCAAGGAGCGGAGCGCGGUUUCCUUCAACACGGAGCUCCUCACCAACGUCCUGGACGGGGGCGUCGAGCGGACCCGGCGCCGCAAGGAGAUCGAAGCACUUGUUAUAAAUGACCCAGAUUUUGCACAUGAGGAUGUCAAUUUCCUCUCCCGCAGCCAGCGCUAUGAAGAAGCUAUCAAAAAGAGCGCUCUUAUGGUGAUGAAACUCAGAGAAUAUGGAAUUGCAGAUCCUGACGAGAUCUACUGGUUUAAAAGUGUAUGCACGGGCAUGCCCAAACCUGUUCUGCCAGUUGAUCUACACUACAGCAUGUUUACAAACACCUUACAGAAUCUGUGCAGUGAAACUCAACGAGAGAAAUGGCUGUCCCUGGCCUCUCGAUUCCAGAUAAUCGGCACCUACGCUCAGACUGAAUUGGGGCAUGGAACUCAUCUCCGAGGAUUGGAAACCACAGCCACUUAUGAUCCUGCGACCCAGGAAUUCAUCCUAAACAGCCCAACUGUGACUUCUAUUAAGUGGUGGCCUGGGGGAUUGGGUAAGACAUCAAACCAUGCCAUUGUUUUGGCUCAGCUUUAUACCCAGGGCAAGUGUCAUGGAUUACAUGCUUUCAUUGUGCCAAUACGCCAGUUGGGAACCCAUGAGCCAUUGCCAGGCAUUACUGUUGGUGAUAUUGGGCCAAAAUUUGGUUAUGAUGAAAUGGACAAUGGCUAUUUAAAAAUGGACAAUUUCCGUAUACCCCGUGAAAACAUGCUAAUGAAACAUGCCAAGGUUGAACCAGAUGGCACAUAUGUGAAACCUCUCAAUGCCAAACUGACCUAUGGGACCAUGGUGUUCAUCCGUUCAAUUAUUGUGGGAGAUGCUGCUCGUUCCUUAGCCAGGGCUUGUACGAUUGCCAUCCGUUACAGUGCAGUGCGGCACCAGUCUGAAUUGAAACCAGGGGAGCCUGAGCCUCAGAUCUUGGAUUAUCAGACUCAGCAAUACAAACUGUUUCCUCUUCUGGCAACAGCUUACGCUUUCCACUUUGUGGGUGCCUAUAUGAAAGAUACCUACCGUCGCAUCACUGGGAACAUCAGUGAAGGAGACUUGAGUGAACUGCCAGAGCUGCAUGCUUUAUCUGCAGGGCUAAAGGCUUUCAGUUCCUGGGUUGCCAAUGCUGGCAUUGAAGAUUGUCGGAUGGCAUGUGGUGGACAUGGCUAUUCCCGUUGCAGCGGCCUGCCUGACAUCUAUGUCAAUUUCACCCCGUCCUGCACUUACGAAGGAGAGAACACUGUCAUGAUGCUGCAAACAGCACGAUUCCUUAUCAAAAGCUAUACGCAAGCUAGUUCAGGACAGUUGCUUAGCGGCAUGGUGUCCUACCUGAAUGACCUUCCAGGGCAACACAUUCUGCCCCACCAAGUGGCUGGUCGACCCACUGCCCUGCAUAUCAACAACCCAUCCAGCUUAGUGGAAGCAUAUAAAUUGAGAGCUUCUAGGCUGGUUGAAUUUGCAGCAAAGAACUUGCAAGCUGAACUGAACCGCAGGAGGAGCAAGGAGGAUGCUUGGAAUCGUACUUCUAUUGAUCUAGUCCGAGCAUCUGAGGCACACUGUCACUAUGUGGUGGUCAAGCUGUUCACAGCAAAGCUUUCAGAAAUUGGUGACCCAGCUGUCCGGGCUGUUAUGAACAAUUUAUGUCUGCUAUAUGCGCUCCAUGGAAUUAGUAAAAACACUGGAGAUUUUCUGCAGGGAGGCAUUUUAACAGACGCACAAAUAACUCAGGUGAACCAACGUGUGAAGGAGCUCUUGGCAUUAAUCCGUCCCAAUGCAAUAGCUCUGGUGGAUUCCUUUGACUUCCAUGAUUCCGUUCUUGGAUCUGUGCUUGGUCGGUAUGAUGGUAAUGUCUAUGAAAAUAUGUUUGAGUGGUCAAAGAAAUCUCCACUAAAUAAAACACAGGUCCAUCCAUCUUUCCAUAAACACCUGAAGCCAAUGCAAGCUAAACUGUGAUAACCUUUCCUGCUGUUUUAACAUACUAUUCUUCUGUUCCCUGGAAUUGAUUACUUCAUUUUCCCUGUGCACACCUGAAUUAUUUGGCAAAUCCAGAUAGCCAUAGGGUAGUCAGUAACUUUAGCUUUUACAAUUUUUAAUACAUUUUGAAUGAAUUAUGGCAAAGGAAUACAAGAUGUGAUUAUGCUCAGAAGAAAACCUUUUUAAUCAUUCAAAAAAGCUUUACAGAUUGAUGUUAAAUCUGUCGAUUUGUGAAGCAGUUUAGACUGCUGCAGAAGCCUGUGUUUUGUUCAGCAGGAUUUUUUCACUACUAAGUAGUUCUGAAGAUAGUUGACAGCUUUCCUUCUGAAAAUGCUGUUAAAUUCAAGGUAGCUGUGUGCACUUUGUCAGAAGCUUCUUGUGAACUUGCUUUCCAGUUAUGGUGAUCACAGCCCUAUCAGGAACUGGGCUGCAUGAACCUUGGUAGGAACAAUGUAUGUAAGUUUGUCCACCCAUCUACAACUUAGUGUAUUUUUAAAAUCCAGCAGUUACCUCGUGGUACUGCUUCUCCUCUUAACAGGAGUCAUCCUGAUUCUAAGGCCAGAUGGCUCUUGCUCUUUUGUUCUAAAGGUGAAACACAUGGUCAUAUAUCUGGUAAAAUUUUCUGUGUGGUUUGUCUCUUCUAGGCUCAAAUCCCAAAUAAUGAGGAAAUGUCCAAGUUCUUGAGACUUGAAAAUGUUGGGAAUGACGUCAUUGAUAAUCACUACAAUCUGUACAACUUUAAAUGCAGUUGUAGCAGGCUGAGAAAACUUCUUGACAUAUUUGACCUGAAAGUUGAACAGUAUUUAAGAUAAAUUUUUCCAAUCAUACCAGUUUUCGUAUUUUCUAGAACUCUUUCUGAAGCACUUAAAUUAUUUUAGAUGUGGAAUAAUGUACACCCUGCAUUUUGCAGAAUCAAAGACUAGAUGGGAAUGAGUUCCAAAUAGGAAUGGUGGACAAAAGCCCAUAACCAUACACAUUCUGAAUUCAGGGGUGCCACAAAGAAUAGGUGCCUUUAGAGUAAAUAGUUCCAGAUUACUGUUAGCAGGCUAACAUUUAAGCAUUGUACAGAACUUUUAUUUUGUGAAAUCAGCAGGAGUAACAAUUCUAGCAAGUAGGUUGGAUUGUACUUCACUGAAUUUUUCUAACCAAUCAGGAUAUAGAGAUCACCAACUGAAGAAUUUUGAGUUGUCCUCAAUUAUGUGAAACUGUAUAAAUGAAGAAUCGGACUUAAAAUCUCAAGACUUAAUUUGCGGACCACUCUGUGGACCACUUUUUAAAGACCUAAACAUGCUGCAGGGGUUUCCUUACUCUGCAACCUUCAAGCAAGAGAAGCACUAUGUAUUUAAAUUGAAGCAAAAUCAUUUUAACUCCCAGGCUGCCUGAAGCAUUCCUUCUAGUGUAUCCAAUUACUGUGAUAUUAAUAUAUGUGCAUACUGGCUUUCUGUGUACAAUGCUGACUGGAAAUAAAAAAACAAUGCAGAAGAAACCAGUUGAACAUAUUUUACAGGCUCAUGUAUACUUAAUAAAGAAAUUAACUUUCAAACACUGGAAAA